UUCCAAACUGAAUUCGGACUUGUUUCCGUAAUUAAAGCGGAUCCUCCAACAUUUUUUAUCAAAUUCUCACAUAGAAUUCAUAUUCUGUAAAGGAUCAUUGUUUGCCAAGUUGUUCGCUAGAAAUUGUGGAAAUAGGUCUACAAUCACAACGCAUCGAGAGGAUGAAUCCUCUCGGAGGAGAUGGAAGUGGCGAUGGUGACGCUGAACGACGCGGAGGAGGACGCGGUCGAGGUCGGGGACCUUGGACAUCAGCCGCACAGGAAAUUCCUAUGUUAAGAAGACCUCAUCAUGCUACAUCUGGAAUCCAAACAACAGGUUCUACAGAAUCAAAAAACACGGAACAAAGCAAGUUAGAUAAGUCUUUUGAGGAUAUUAUUCAGAAUUCAACAUUAUCUGUGCACGCGGCUGAAUUCAUUCCGAAAUCUUUUUCCCCUAAGCAAUCGCCACAGCAGCAACAGCCAUCUUCGAUGAGGUUUAAGCAUUCGGUUCAGGAUAGAUUGCAACUGGCACGAGAAAUACCUCUUCAAGCACAAAAUUAUCAGCAGGUAGAACAAGUUCACCAAUAUGAUAACUUAUCCGAUCGAUCGGAAUAUUUUACAAAUGUUCAAGAUUACGGGCGUUUUGAUGGAGGCUCGGGAGAUUACAAAGAAAAACAUCACGAUUCUAGCGGAGACGAAGAUAAUUAUUUAAUGGAAUUCGCUAACGCAACGCAAAGUUUAAUGAGCGUUAUACACUCGUUGAUAUUAAAUCCAGGACGUUUUGAUGUAAUAGUACCGCCGCUUAUAAAUAUACUUAGGCCUUAUUUAGAAUCUCCUAGUCAGCUCGAAGAAAUUAUAAAAAUAAUAAUUCAGCAGUCUAUAAACGAGGGUAAUUUCCGAUACAAUGGUGCUCGACUUUGUUGUGCUUUUCUAGAUACUAAUCUGACACCUGGCCAACAGACAAUGUUCAAAGAGACUUUAUAUAUUUUGUGUAAAAGCGAAACGGACAGUCAGUCCUCUAAUUGGCAACAGAAAGAGGAACACACGGAAGACGAGCAAAAGAGAUGUCACGGAUUAAUAUUAUUCUUAGCUGAACUAGUAGUUCAGAUGGAACACACGUCUGCUUUUGGUUUAGGAGAUUUGUUAAUUAACCUUAUUAUUACUGUUUUAAAGAGACCAGCGCCAAAUUCUGUUAAGAAUAUCUGCCAAGCCCUUAAAUUAGCAGGUCAAACGUUAGAGAAGGAUAAAGGGGAAACUCGCAAAGAAAUGGAGAACAUGAUGCGAGCGUUAACAGAACUCGUAACAUCCGGUAGAGUGGAUUCUCAUAUUGGACGAAUGGUUCAUAGCGUUCACGAGUUGCGAAAUGGUAACUGGGGACAAACUCCUACGCUCAAUUCUUCGAUAGUUGAACCGACAGAAACAAUAGAUCCGAAUCAAGUAUUGGACGAGCCUGUGUUAUACGGCCCUGAUGGUAAAGUGUUAACAGCAGAAGAAAAUAAAUUUCUCGAAGAUGUUUCUCAUAGCACGAUUAUUGAGGAUCAAGUUAUAUCAGAACACGGUUACGAGGUUGAAAAAUGGUUGUCGGAGGACGAGGACGACGUAGAUGCGGCGUACGAGGAAUUCUUAAAGCAUAUUCCAAAACAGAUUAAAAAUCAAACACAAAAAUAAUUGAAAAUGUGACAAUAGUUGUUUACUAUAAGUUAAUCGUAAUCGUGUAAUUUCACUUCAUCUCAUAGUUGGGAAUUAUGAGUAUUUUUAUUUCUGCAUUUCGAUAAUGUAACACGAAGUGCAAACUAAAAUCGAACGUUUGAAGAAGCGAUUACUACAGAAUGUGUACACAAUUUGAUAUUUUGUAAAUUUGUCUCGAGUGAGAGAAUUUUAAUUUAUAAAUUCAUACGGGAACAACAAUAACAUCAUUUUUCCUUUUUUUUUCUUUUUUUUUUUUUCUUUUU